GCGGGCAGCGCUCUAGCCGCAGCCCCGGCUGGCUCAGGGGCCGGGCGGGGUCCGCAGGCCGCGGCCCGCCCCGCAAGGGCGUCAGGAGCCGGGCCUCGGCGAGCCGGUCUCCCCGACGCAGCCAUGGCCGCCCCCGCGAGGCUGCAGCGUCUCUCCGGCGAGCAUCCUCGGGCCCGAGCCUGGGGUGUUCUCCCUGCGGAGCGCCGUAUUCUAAUGUAGGAACUGGUGAGAAGAAGGUGACUGAAGCCUGGAUUUCUGAGGAUGAAAACUCACAUAGGACAAUGUCAGACAAAGUCACAGCGAUGGAGCUCCCCUCCCCCGAGUCUGGGGAAGUCUGUGAGCCCAGAUUAGAGGAGCUCUUGGGAAAUCCAGAAGGUCAGAGCCUGGAGAGUUUCCCAUCUCAGGACAGGGGCUGCAAGCAGGUGACCGUGACCCGUUGGAAGAUCCAAACACGGGAGACAGCUCAAGUGUGCACCAAGUCAAGCAGACGCCCUGUUCUGAACUCAGACCUUCUUAUACUUCAAAGAGAGCUCAUAGAGGGGGAAGCCAAUCCUUGUGAUAUCUGUGGCAAAACCUUCACAUUUAAUUCGGACCUAGUUAGGCAUCAGAUUUUGCAUGCUGGGAAGAAACCUUACACGUGCGAUCAGUGUGGGAAAGGCUUUGGCCAGAGCUCACACCUCAUGGAGCAUCAGAGAAUUCACACUGGAGAGAGGCUCUAUGUCUGUAAUGUGUGUGGGAAAGACUUCAUUCGCUAUGCAGGUCUCAUUGAGCAUCAGCGCGUUCAUUCGGGAGAAAAGCCCUUCAAAUGUGCGCAAUGUGGGAAGGCGUUUUGUCACAGUUCAGACCUGAUUAGGCACCAGAGAGUUCACACCAGAGAGAGACCUUUUGAGUGCAAAGAGUGUGGGAAAGGCUUCAGUCAAAGCUCCUUACUUAUUCGUCAUCAGAGGAUUCAUACAGGAGAAAGGCCCUACGAGUGCAAUGAAUGUGGGAAAUCCUUCAUAAGGAGCUCGAGCCUCAUUCGCCAUUAUCAGAUCCACACAGAAGUGAAACAGUAUGAAUGCAAAGAAUGUGGGAAGGCGUUCCGUCAUCGCUCAGACCUGAUUGAGCACCAGAGAAUUCACACCGGAGAGAGACCCUUUGAAUGCAACGAGUGUGGGAAGGCUUUUAUUCGGAGUUCAAAGCUCAUUCAGCAUCAGCGGAUCCAUACUGGGGAGAGGCCUUACGUAUGCAAUCAGUGUGGGAAGCGCUUCAGCCAGACGUCAAACUUCACCCAGCAUCAGAGGAUUCACACUGGAGAGAAACUCUAUGAAUGUAACGAGUGUGGGAAAGCUUUCUUUCUGAGUUCAUACCUUAUUCGACACCAGAAAAUCCACACCGGGGAGAGGGUGUAUGAAUGUAAGGAAUGCGGGAAGGCGUUUCUCCAGAAAGCCCAUCUCACUGAGCACCAGAAGAUCCACUCUGGGGACAGGCCCUUCGAAUGUAAAGACUGCGGGAAAGCCUUCAUCCAGAGCUCCAAGCUGCUUCUGCACCAGAUUAUUCACACUGGAGAAAAGCCCUAUGUGUGUAGUUAUUGUGGGAAAGGCUUCAUUCAGAGGUCAAACUUCCUUCAACACCAGAAAAUUCAUACUGAAGAGAAGCUCUAUGAGUGUAGUCAGUACGGGAGAGAUUUUAACUCAGCCACAAACUUUAAAAAUAAUCAGAGUGUUCACCAAGAGGGACUUUCCUUGAGUAAGGCCUCCGUGCAUUUGGGUGAGAGGUCUGCAGAGCAGGGGGAACACACAGAUAACUUAUAAAUAAUAACUCUUCUGCCCAAUGAGUGAUGUUUGGAAAUGGGUGGACUUAGGAUUCAUGUGGCGUCUACGAUUUGGACAUGUCAGAAUUUUGUGAGUCAUGGAUGGGACUGUUUUUGGAGUGGGUGCCACCUGCCACUGUGUGGCACUACCGGGCUUAGCCCUCCUCCUUAGCUGUGAGCGCUGUCCUUGGGAGAGUCACAGGGCUUGACCCCUGACUCUGAGCUGGAACAUCAGGGGCAGGGAGGAGACAGGUCUCAA